AUGCCCAAAGACUACCAGGAGGUCUACAGAGGGACAAAAAAUGAUGUCAAAGAGAUCCCAAAGAUUGCAAAGCCCUUUGUUUCUGAGAUGAUCUUUGUGCAAACCAGCAUCACUGCUAUAAGGAAAGGUGCCUUCAGGUACAUGCCCAACCUGAUCAAAAUUUUGUUUAUUGGCAACAAGAUCAAGACAGUUGAACCUGGAGCCUUUGAUAAUUUGGACAAGCUGAGGGACUUGGACAUCUCUGGUGCCUUGUUAGAAGAACUAUCUGUGGGCACUUUCAAAAACCUCCCAAGCUUACAGAGGCUGGAGCUGAGAGACAGCCAAAUCAGAUACAUCCCCAAAGGCCUGUUUGAUGGGCUGGAGAAUUUGGGAGAGCUCUCCCUGCACAUCAAUUCAAUCCCUUCUCUUCCAGAAGGUAUUUUUGAUUCUCUUGUCAAUCUAACAUUUUUGGACCUGUCAAGAAACAGGAUCACAACACUUCCUGUGAAUGCCUUUAGCAAACUCACUCAGCUGCAAGUCCUCCGGUUGUAUGAGAAUGAGUUGCAGGAGCUCCCAGAGGGACUGCUAGACAGUCAGCCAGAGCUGCUGGAGCUGAGCCUCCAGAGGAACAGACUCAGGGCACUGCCACCCAUGCUCUUGAGGAACCUGCCUCACCUGGAGAAACUCCUCUUGGACAACAACCUCAUCGGGGUUAUCCCACCUCAGGGCUUUUUUGGUUUAAACAAAUUGAAGCUGCUGACUCUGGUUGUCAACAUCACAUCCCUUGGAAAACUCAUCUUGUCCCACAACCAGAUAUCAGCCCUGCCAAGAGGAGCCUUCACUGGACUCGGCAAGCUCUUGGACCUCCAGCUGGACACAAAUCAGCUCUCUGCUCUGGAUGAAGAGGUCUUUGCUUCUCUCCCAAAUCUGAAAACCCUCAACCUUCGAAAGAACCAGCUGGAGAGUGUUCCCCAGGGGCUUCUGGAGCCCCUGAAGAAGCUCAGCUCAGUGUAUCUGAGUGGUAACCCAUGGAGAUGUGACUGCAACCUCUGCUACCUGCAUAACUGGAUCCUAGGCAACACCAUGCCAACAGCAGCCACCUUUACCACUACAUCACCUACCAUGGCAUCUAAGGCCUUUGUCACCACCCCACCAUCAGCUGUGCUGCAGAAGGCCUUCAUCAACAGCCCAUCAACAACCAAUGUGUCCAAGACCUCCAUCACCACAUCAUCAUCCACGAGUGUGCCCAAGACUUCUAUCAUCACACCAUCAUCAAUCAUGCUGCCAAAGGCCUCUAUCACUACAUCAUCAUCAACCAACAUGCCCAAGACUUCCACCAGCACCCCAUCAUCAACCAGCGUGCCCAAGACCUUCAUCACCAGCCUAUCAACAACUGUGCUGCCAAAGGCCUCCAUCACCACCCCAUCACCAGCUGUGCUGCCAGGGAUUUCCACCAACACACCAUCACCAACUGUGCUGCUUAAGGCCUCCAUCACCACCCCAUCACCAGCUGUGCUGCCAGGGAUUUCCACCAACACCCCACCCCCAACUGUGCUGCCAGGGACUUCCACUAACACACCAUCACCAACUGUACUGCCAAAAGCCUCCAAUGCCAUACCAUCAUCAUCAACCAUGCUAUCCAAGGCUUCCAUCAGCACCCCAUUGCCAGCUGUGCCAACUUCAGCCAACCCCCUGGUGCCCAGUGGCUGUUGUGCCAGGGGCUUGUCCCUAUGGGCUGGCCCGCAACAGUGCCAGGUGUCCCUAGCCCUGGGGCUGGCUGCACUGGCACUGCAGGCAGCCUGCACACUGCUGGGGGGGAUUCUUGUCCUCCUCCUUCACCAGGACACCCGGCACUGGCUUGGGCCACCCGUGAAGCUGCUGAGCCUUCAGGCCCUGGCUGCCCCGGGGACCCCUGAGCCAGCCCAGGCCCCGCUUUGA